UAAACAGUGGACGCCUACAAUUGUUUUCUUUUUUUAUAGAAAAAACCCGAAAUAACUGGAAAAACGUUAAUUAAUAACUGAUUUAUUAUACAGUAAAACAUGCCGGCCUACCAUUCACAAAUUAAGGAGGUGCGCCAGCAGGUGGGCAACAUGGCCAUCCUGCCGCUGAGGACCCAGGUGCGCGGACCAGCGCCCAGUGCGAAUGUGGAGAGCGACAUCAUCGAUGAGUCACUGUACUUCUUCAAGGCGAACGUCUUCUUUCGCACCUACGAAAUCAAGUCCGAUGUGGAUCGCGUGCUCAUCUAUGUGACCCUCUACAUCACCGAGUGCCUGAAGAAGCUCAAUCGAUCGACCAGCAAGGCUCAGGGGCAGCAGGAUAUGUACAGUUUGGCCAUCUCCAAAUUCGACAUUCCCGGCGAUGCUGGUUUCCCUUUGAACGCCGUCUAUGCCAAGCCGCAAACCGCCCAGGAUGCGGACCUCAUGCGCCAAUAUCUCCUGCAGCUGCGCCACGAAACCGGGAACCGGGUGGUGGAGAAGGUCUUCAGCACCGAGGACGGGAAACCCAACAAAUGGUGGACCUGCUUCGCCAAAAAGAAGUUCAUGGAGAAGAGCCUGGCGGGGCCAGGACAAUAAAAUACCUUCUACGACCUGUGCAAAUGCUUUAAAACUGGACUCUAAUCGCUAAAGGGAUCCUAUUUUUGAGUGUCACUGC